GAGAUGGGCGUCAGGACCCUGGACUGCAGACGACCCCUCAUCCCCUUCGAGGAGUUUGUCAACGAGCCGUUGAACGAUGUUCUAGAGAUGGACAAGGACUUCACCUUCUUCAAGGUGGACUCGGAGAGUAAGUUCUCCUUCCAGAGCUGUCCCUUCAUCCUCAACGCCUGCACCAAGAGCCUGGGACUGUACUACGACAACCGCAUCAGCAUGUACAGCGAGAGGAGGAUCACAGCGCUCUACAGCCUGGUACAAGGACAGCAGCUCAACCCAUACCUCAGGCUCAAAGUACGACGAGACCACAUCAUCGACGACGCCCUCGUCAGGUUGGAGAUGAUCGCCAUGGAGAACCCUGCGGACUUGAGGAAGCAGCUGUUUGUAGAGUUUGAAGGAGAGCAGGGCGUUGACGAGGGAGGGGUCUCUAAAGAGUUCUUCCAGCUCGUCCUGGAGGAGAUGUUCAACCCUGAUAUUGGCAUGUUUACAUAUGACGAGUCCACCAAGCUGUUCUGGUUCAACCCACCCUCUCUGGAGAACGAGGCCCAGUUCACCCUGAUAGGCAUCGUCUUGGGCCUGGCCAUCUACAACAACUGUAUCCUGGAUGUUCACUUUCCCAUGGUGGUCUACAGGAAACUGAUGGGGAAGAAAGGCACCUAUCUGGACCUGGCAGACUCACAUCCGGUUCAGUACCAGAGUCUGAAGGAGCUGCUGGACUAUGAGGGGGAUGUGGAGGAGGACAUGAUGAUCACCUUCCAGAUCUCACAGACUGACCUGUUUGGAGACCCCGUCACUUAUGACCUGAAGGAAAACGGGGACAAGAUACCUGUUAGUGUGGACAAUAGAAAGGAGUUUGUCUCUCUGUAUAGUGAUUACAUACUUAAUAAGAGUGUGAAGCGCCAGUUCAAAGCCUUCAGGAGGGGCUUCCAGAUGGUCACCAACGAGUCGCCUCUCAAGUGUUUAUUUAGACCUGAGGAGGUGGAGCUACUGAUCUGUGGAAGCAGGAAUUUAGACUUUCACGCACUUGAAGAAACAACAGAGUACGACGGAGGCUACAACAAAGACUGUCGCAUUAUCAAAGACUUCUGGGAGACGGUGCAUUCGUUUGGUGAGGAGGAUAAGAGACUGUUCCUCCAGUUUACUACGGGGACUGACAGAGCACCCGUAGGAGGCCUGGGCAAGUUAAAGAUGAUCAUCGCCAAGAACGGCCCCGACACAGACAGGUUACCUACUUCUCACACGUGUUUUAAUGCCUUGCUGCUCCCUGAAUACGACACAAAGGAGAAGCUGAAGGAGAGACUUCUCAAAGCCAUCACUUAUGCCAAAGGAUUUGGAAUGCUGUGAAACGAAACAACUACUCUGAAACAAAACAUAAAGUUAAAUGUUUUAAAUGUGUUAAUGGAUAAGGAAGGAGUUCUACCAUACAAUGAGACAUGAGUUCAAAUUAAAAAGUGGCAUUACGACAAGGAAAUGUUCCAGUAG